AUGGAUUAGAUUGAUAUAAAUUAGGAUUCUCCUAGAUUAAAUGAGGCAUUAAGAUAAAUAAAUUGGAAUAUCGAUGAUUUAAAAUAAAUAUCAAUAGACUAAAUGAGAACAGAACCUAGAUUCUCAUUAUAUGAUAAUAAUAUUUUAAAUUAUCUAUGGAUUUAAUAUGAAGAAUCUCGUAAACUUAAGUUAUAGAUAAUUUAAAUAAUGAAAAAUAAAAUUAUUGAAAAUGAAGAGCAUGUUUCAAAAAUAAGAUUAUUAUAAGAAUAGCCAAUAUAAAAUAUUGAAUUGAAUAAUCUAAUUAAAAAACAAUAAUAAUAUCAUAUUGAUAUGUAAUUUGAAUAUGAUGUUUAAAUCACUUAAUAUACUAAAGAAUUAAAGGCAAAAGAAGUUUAAUUAAAAGAAUUUGAGUAUAAUUCAUAGAAAGAAGCAGUUGAAAAAUAAAAUUAAUAUCAAUUAUAAUAAGAGUAACUAAAAUUUCAUGCUGAAUUUUAAGAAUUUUUAAAAAUAUAAAAAUCAAAAGAAGAUGAAUAUGAAAAAAAGUAGAAAGAAGGUUAAUUUAUAACAGAGGAAUAAUAUAAAUAAAAGGUUAAAGAGUUUGAUAGAUUAAAAUUAUUAAAGGAAUAAUAAAAAUAAAAAAUUAAAGAAGAAAGAGAAAAAUAAUUAUAAGAUAGAAUGUAAAUGAUGGAAAAAUAUUAUGAAUCAAAAAUAAUUAAAAUGAUUGAAAAAGAAAAAAAAAGACAAAAAUUAAUGGAGUAAGAAAGAAAAUUUAGAGAUGAAUAAAAAAAAGAAAAAUAGGAAAAACUUUAAUAAAGAAUAGAUGAUAAUAAAAAAAGAUUGACUAAAAAUUUAAAUGAAGAAUAAAAAAAUAAUGAAAGAAAAUAAAUUGAAGCUAAUUCAAGAUUAGAGGCUAUGAAACGAGAGAUAGAAUUUAUUAAUUUAUAAAAGAAAACUAAAUUCGAAAAAAAAUUAAAAUUAAAAGAAAUUUAUAAAAAACAAUAAGAAAAGAUUGAAGAAGAGAAAAGAUAAAAAUUAAUUGAAAAAUUUAAAGAAAUUGAUGAAAAGUUAGAAUUAAAUUAAUUAUAUAAAUAAAUGAAUCUUUAAGAUUAAUAAAAAUUAAGAGAAGAAAAUGAAAUUUUAAGAAUGAAAAUUUUAAGAGAAAAUGAUGAAAGACUUAUAGAGAAAACUAUAAAAAUAUAGUUGAGAAUGAAAGCUAAAAUAGAAAAAGCUUAAUAAAUUUAGCACUAAAAUUAAAUAGAAAUAAAAGAAAAAUAAUUUGAAAAUAUGAUAAGAAAAAUAGAUUAAGAAGAAGAUUAUAUUAUUUAAUAAAGAAAGAGAUAGAUUGAAAAAGAAUUUGUUAUGAAAAAAAUUUAAUAAAAAAAAUAAAAAAUUGAUCAAUUAAUUAAAUAGAAAUAAUAAGUAGAUUAGAAUAUUAUAAAAAAUAGGUAAAAAAGUAUAAUGAAAAAGGAAGAAUUAAAAAUUAAAUUUUAAGAAGAGAUGAGAAAGGAGUUUAAAAAAAAUUAAUUGAAAAAAUAGAAUGUGGUAUAAGUACCUCCAUUAAACAUCUAAAAUAAAGAAGAAUAAAUUAAUGAUAAAAAAGUUAAUUUAAACUUUGAAAUAAUUUAGGUAAGUCUUAUUAUAUUAAUCAAAGCUAUUAGAUGAAGAGUUUUAGAGAGAAUAAUAGAGAUUACAAAUUAUAAAAGAUGUUACUGAAAAUGAAUAACGUAAUAAACUUUUGUAGGAUUUUUAAAUUGAAAAAGAAAAAUUUGAUAUUUUAAUAGAAAUGAAAAGAAAAUAGUAUUAUGAGUUGCAACAGUAACAAAAUUAAUGA